UGGAGGCAAGAGUGGACAAAACAAAACCUAAUUGUUUUUUAUGCAUUUGUAGACAGCUCAUGAAAACCUUAUGGCCUUUUUGAUAAAUGUGCACUUUUUGCAGAAGACCUAACCUGGAAUGCAAACAUAUUUGAAAGUUUAAUAAAUAACCAGAUAUACAUGAGAUUUAAGUGAGAUUUAUUUAUAAAUGGCAUCUACUAUAGCGACACUUGGACCUGGAACAUGAACUCCUCUGUGAGAAGCAAACACAUGGAUUUACUGAGAGAAAACUGUGAAUCAGAGGAUUUAUUAAAAGGAGAAGAGCCACAGCCUCAGUUAAAGGAUGACCAGUCAGACAUUAAAGAGUGCAGUCACGGAAGGAGAGCUGGAGGGAGGAGAAGAGGAGUGAAAGUAAAUGGCUGGGAGAAGGGGCAGAGCGACGGGGGUCAGCAAUCUGAAUGCCAACUCGAUCUGGAGGAUUCUGGCAAAGUCCAAUGUCUGUGGCGUUUCUAAGGAAACAACGGUGCAACAAAGUUCACGGAGCAAAAGCUGAACUCACGGGAAGCUUACCUCUGCAUGGAGAAGAUGAAACUACACUCAGUGGAGCACAAAAAACAGGUAAAACUUACCUAGUGGGCACAGGCUAACCAAUGGAGGAUCACAUGACCUCAUCAGACAUGGCGGCUACCGGAAACAGUUCUGUCACCAUGGUAACAGGCUCAAUGGGAGCUGACCCGGACCUGCAGGUUCUGUGUAACAGAGUGAAGGUCUUGGAGCAGAAUUCAGGUUCAACCAUCCAUUCUGACAGCUACAUGUGGAACAGGAUCAGAGAGUUAGAGAGGUCAGAGAAGAGUCUGCUGCUACAGCUCUAUCAACAAGCCUCUGCCUCCCACCUCCCCAGCAUGCAACACUCCCAGAGGCUGGAUCAGAGACUCCACAUGCUCAGGGAGGAGGUCAGGACCAUGACUCAGGAGAAGGAACAGGGGGAGCGUUUAUGGAGGGAGCGACUGCAGCGCUGUCAGAGGCAGCUGAAGGCCAAAGAGGAGGAGAUGAGCCGCCAGUCCCAGUACUUUGAGAACUUUAAAGCCCAACUCCAACACAAGCUCACCCUGGCCCGGGACAGAGAGCAGAGCCUGCAGAACCGGAUCUACACUUUAGAAAAGCAGCUGCUGGACAUGACUGUGAGUGCCGCCACCGGUGCUGCAACAAUCAGUGCUGUCAGAAUUACUGCCGGGACUUUAACACAGUCGAAGGAGCAGGAGAGGCUACUUUCCAUGAGAGGAGAAGGUGAAGGGGAGGAGGAGAAAAAGGAGGAAAGGAGGAAGCAAUGGCAGCCAAACAUAGGAACUGAGAGAGAAGAAAGACGAGAGGGUGAUGAGGGAAAGACAGAAAAAGAAGGAGACAGAGACACCAAACAGAACUCAAAUGAGGCCAGGCUGCAAGGUUUUAUCCUGAGCCUGCAGGAGGAUCUCAGGGUGCUGCUGGAGAGAGAGGAGAGUGGGAUGACAGAGCGGAGGAGGUUGAUGGAGCAGCUCCAGGAGGCUCAGGAGAACAGCCACUUCCUAUGCUGCAAGGUGGAGGAGAUGAAGGCAGAGGCGCAGCAGCUGAAGCUGUCUGAAAGCUCCCUCAUGGAGGAAGCUGAAGAGCUGAGAGAGGAGAACCACAGACUCCAGCAGAGCCUCAGGGAUGCUACUAACCAAACAUCCAGUCAGUCACCCACAAUCCUUGAGUCAACAUGUCCAUGUCCCGGGACGAGCUCACUGAGCUGCAGCCCCUUUGUUUGCUCUGUUCCCUCCAACACUAACGCCACUGGACGUUACUCAGAUGAGAGCUGUGGAAAGGUCCAGCUAAUCUUGGAUGAUGGAGAAGACCAGCCACAUUCAUCUGCAGUUGUGUCUGUUCACCACCAGGCUACAGCAGAGAGCACACAGACCGACAUAGAAGAUCCCCCCUCACCCGUCAAGCUGGAAACUCUGUCUUCACCUGAAAUCGUCUCGCUGAACCUUGCUACCCACCUUACCUCCAAAUCCAACCUCAGCCUCCAGUCACUUUCUGUGACUACAGAGACAAUAGAUGAGUUUAAACUGGGUACCUGGUGCUCCAGAGGUGUCCUUAACCUGGAGGAAACCCCCAGUGAGGAAUCUGAUGCCCUGAGGGAAGCGUACAGGAGCUUGGGAUUAGGAGAAGAUCUUGAGGCUCUCCAAGAGCAACGUGACCGCCUGCAGGGCGCCCUGCAGCACACACAGGAACAGCUGCAGGUGAUGGCUCAAGACAACCCUGAACUGAAAUCACAACUCAGGAAACAAGCAGAGGAACAAGAAACAGAGACGUCUCCUGCCCAAGGUAACACCAUCCUUGCUCAGGAUGAUCUUGUACAGGCCCUGAAUCAGGAGAACCGGGCUUUGGCGGACCGGAUCCAGGAGCUACUGGCUCAAAUGAGGCUCAGAGAGCGGGAGAUGAAGACAGAGCAAACUCAGCUGAGGGAGUAUAUUUUUAGGUUAAAGGAGGACCGAGCCCGGCUGGAGGAGGAGAACCAGGAACAAGGGUGUUUGAUCACAGAACUCACCAAGAAGACUGAAGAUGAUCUCAAUACUAUCAUGGAGCUGCAGCAAAAGUUAGCAGAGAGCAGAGAGUGUAUGGAGGGAUCACAGGUUGACAAGGAACUGUGUGGAUUUCAGUGGCAAAGUGAACAUACAGCUGCAAUAUCCAGACGUUUUCAACAGAACAACCAAGAAGAAUGUGUGGAUAAUUUGGUGGAAAGUGUGCUAAAAGGGGAAGAAGAACCACAGCUGAUGUCCAGUCAACAACCAGACAAGUUGAUCACAGCAUCAGACUCUGAUUUUCAACAUAAUAAACACAAUGAUUCAUUGCAAAACAGCCUACAAAGCAAUCUGCAAGUUAGUUCAUUGACUGGUGAAGUUGACCAGCUGAUGAAGUCGGUCCAGAGCCUCAAAACAGAACAAGAGGAGUUGAUUGGCAAAAUAAAUUCUCUCAGAGACGAGCAAAGAGAAGCAGCUGUGUCAGUCCAAACACAGACAGAGGAGAAACAGCACUUAACUCGGACAGUUUGGGGACUGAAGGAGGAGAAAGACCGCAUCUCUCAAUCUCUGGUUGGUCUUCAGCAAAACAGGGAGCAUCUAACCAGGACAAUCUGUGGGCUGACAGAUGAGAGAGACCAGUUUAUAAGGUCCAUGAAAAGCCUAAAAGAGGAAAAAGAGCAGCUCACUACAUGCUUAUCUGGUCUUGAAAGAGAAAAAGAGAAACUGUUAGAAUGGCUCUCAAGUAGAAAAGAAGAAGGAGAUCAAACCGUGCAAUCACUACAUAGGUUACAAAAAGAGAUUGACCAGUUAAACCAGACAGUGCUCAGUUUGAAACUAGAGAGAGACGAACUAACAGAUUCCCUCAAACGUCUGACAGAGCAGAGAGAUCAGGAACAACUAUCUUCUAUUUUACAAGAAGACCAUGACAAGCUGCUAAAGUCAGUUAGUAGUUUGAAAGAAGAAAAAGAAAGAAUUGAACAUUCAAUCAGUUGUUUGAAACAGGAAGAAAAGCAGACAAUGCAAUUACUUCAAGGCACAAGAGAGGAAAGAAACAGCCUGCGAACUGGUUUCCACAGCCACACACAAACACAGGAGAGUUAUCAAAAGCAUCUGUUGAAUCAAAACAGUGUCGAGGUGACAAAGAAGACGGAGACUACUGUCUCAGGGGAUUAUGCUGCACACAGAUGUCAGACUAAUAACUACAAAGGAAACUCCAUACAGAAGCAAAGUGAUCUGAUGAGGGAGAUUGAAGCUUUGGAAGCAGAACUAAAAAGGUCACAAGUGGAAAUGGACAAGAGCCACGCAGAGACCAAGAGGCUGCACAGUGAGUUGUGUCAGUCAGAAGCCAGGAGGGAGGAGGCAGAGAGGAGGGCGGCUCAAGCAGCUGACAAGGUGAUGAGGCUGACAGAUGAAGCCAAUCAGAUGAAAGAAACCAGUAUGGAAAAUGACCGCCUCACAACUCAGGUGAAGGAGCUGCAGAGCAAACUGGCAGGUCUGGUCAGGGAGAAGACUGAUGCUCUGACACUGAAGGCACACACAGAGGAGCAAUACAACAUCCUCACAGCUCACCUCAAAGCCAAGACGGUGGCUCUGGAAGAGCUGAACUCUGAGUACAUCGCUCUGAAAAGAGGACAGGGCAGCAGAGAUGAUCUGAGCACUGUUCUCAUGUCCCUCCGGACACGUUACAACGACAUCAGAGCUAAAUAUGAUGAACUCCUGAAAAAGAGGAGCCAAACAGAUCUGGAUGUAGCUCCGUUAAAGGCCAAACUGUCCUGCCUGGUGGUGAAGUGUCAAGAGAGGAACAGCUUAUUAGUGCAGAUGAUGAAAGUGAUGCACAAGCACGGCUGCGGGGACUCCACGCUGACACAGCAGGUCGAGCAGCUGCUCAGUGACUCCGCUCUGCAGGACUACACUGCAGCAUUCACACCAGGAGGCACUGUAAAAACCCAGAAUUACAGUAGUGAGUUUACACCUGGAUUUAUUCUAAAAUUUCAAGACUACUCCAGUGGAUUCACACCUGAUCAGACCUUUGCUUCAGUCACACCUGUAAACCAGCACCAAAAGGGAUUCACACCUGAAUCUGGAGUAAAAUAUGAAAAAAGUGAAAAACACUCUUCUAUAGUCCCCACUGAAUGCACAACAAAUCUUCAAGACUGCAGUCGUGACAUCAUACCUGCACCAACAGUAAAGAAAAAUGCCAACUCACCUGUGCCAACCUCACCAGUGCAAGAGCAUGCCAGUGUCCAGGUGUCACCAUCACCUGUUCCAGCAGAGAAAGAAGGCUUGAGUAGCAACACAACACGGCUGUCUCCCUCUGCCAGUGGAUCAGAGAAACUUGGAUUUCAUCAUCCAGGCACGAAAGUGCCGUCCUCCCCAGAUCCAACCAGUACGUCAGAGGCGAGGAGUAGAUCCUCCCUGAGUCCUUCUCCUUCCUCUUCAACCACUCGUGUCAGUCCGAGAAGGAGGCUGAGCAGUCCUGAGAAAAUCAUCAACCUACAUGAGCAACUGCAGAAGACUCUGUUGAGCAGCUAUCAGGCUCCAGUAAGCAGAGGAAGAGGAGAGCAGCCCAGGAAAAGUCUGUCAUUUUCAGCUCCUGCAGACCUGAGCUCGUCCCCUCAGAUGAAGACGCAGAGCCUCGGUGUCAAUAUUCCACCUACCAACCAUCUCUCAAUCACCACUGCUUCAAGCCAAGCUAAGCACACUCCAGUAGUGAUGACGAAGCCUGUUGCCACCAAUAAGUCAACAACACUUUUUAAUGCUGUUGCCUCUAGAUCCGCUAACGUGUCAUUCAGCCCUAACACAUUCACAAAGCAUCCCUUAAAAGCAGAUAUAUCAACAACUGCUGGUCUUUCUAGCUCCUCCAGCUCUUUUAUUCACACUGUUGCAUCAAGCAAAGAGAGAUCCACCUUAAGCAGUGGCACUAAUAUAUCAAUAUCCUCAAAACUGAAAAGGCAAUCAACUGCUAUCCCUGAUGCUAAACAUACAGCAACCACUGUCAGAUCUGCAGCUACUGACUCGAAUGUCUUAAUAUUUCUUGACACAAAUCCAAAAACCACUGCCUCAGACACAAGUGCCCCAAGCAUAUCAACUGCCCCUAAGGCUAAUAUUUUUAGCAUGGCUUCAAACAUGGAUGGUGCUGCCCCUGCAUACGACGGCCUCACAUUCACUUCCUCCUGCACUCAAUCUGCUCACUGCUCUCCUGAAAUAUCAUCCAAGUCUCUCAGGAAGUCCCCUGCUGCUCCAGAGAAGACCAAAACACCAAGACCAAAACCAGAAGCUCCAGCAGACGUGCGCUCCGUUGAGGUCAUCAAAACAGUGGGUCAGAGCAGCCUCAUGAUUGGCUGGGAGAGGCCGCCGCUCGAUGAGCUGGGCUGCAGUAACGGCACGUUUGUGUAUGGAUACAGGGUGUUUGUGGACAGCGACUUCCACAAGUCUGUCAUGAGCUCAGCGUGCACCAAGUGUAUUCUGGAGAACGUCGACCUGAGUGUCCCAUUCUACAUCAGCGUCCAAACGUUGGGCUCUAAUGGUUUGAGUUCGAACAGUGUCCACACCAUGUACAGGACUUCAGUCAGGACAGACCACGACUGAAUCACAACACUGUCCCUGUAGAAUUACAGCAACUUCUCAGUGAAAACCUUCAUCACUGGUGGCCAAAGUUAAAAUGCCAUCUAUAGCUGCAGCCCUCUGAGGGACCAUCCUAACCUCCACCUCAGUCGAAAGCGAGGGAGAUACUGUCACACUCCUGGGCUACCCUCGCCAUGUGAGACUCAGGUCAACCAAUAAAAAAAAUACUCAUUUCACAUGGUCAUUAUUGACCUGUGGCUGGCCUCAAAGUGAUUCACUGAAGACUGAAAAACAAAGAAGCAUUAAAGAUUCCCGCCUCUGCGCUGAGAGUUUACCUGUUUGUAAAAGCAGGUGAAGAUAAGAUGGAUCCUUGUCGGAAGAACUUCCCAUUUCAGAGUCCCGUCUGUUGGAUUUCACAUCAUGAAUGGAUGGAAGUUUCUGAGGCCAAGAUCAGUCACUCACACCAACAUUUAGUAACAUUGUUCAAGCAGGAAAUGUUGGAGGGAUGUUUGCAUCUGCUGCACAUUUUUACACUGUGUUCAACACUGAGAGAUCAUGUGUCAUAUCAAUGUUGACCCCCCCGCUGCUGCCUCUCUGGACUCAGUGACACAAAUCGUCGACUAAAGGGACAUUUACGAAAUGCCUUUUUUUUCUUAGCAACACACACUGUAUAAUGUGCCGACGCAUCAUUGUACCUGAAGGUCAUCUUACUUGAUUUUUACACAUUAAGCCAAAUAUAUGAGAAACGAUGAUUCACUCCAAAGACUUAUCAGUUUCCUUCUCCUCAUGGGUCUACGGGAUUACUUUAAAACACAGAAGUCAGAUGUUAUUUGUAUUCUGAAAUUUGCACACAAUCAUUAAUAUAUAGAAGAAGAAAAUAAAAAAAGAGAUUAACACACUAAUAUUUUUUGUAGAGUAUAUUAUAAAAGUAUGCCACUGGUGUAUACAGAAUUGUACCACACAUGUUUGUAUGAGUGACACUUUGCUUUUUCACACUUGUGUCUAUUAAUAGAUGUUACAUUUGCACGCACGCAUGCACGUAUUGUUUUUUUUUAAUACAAUUUUCACAACACAUGAUGUUCUUUUGCUACUUAUGUAUGGGUGUGGAGUAACCAUGGUGCAGCAAAUGUAUUUUUCUAUCAGUAAUUGAUAAUAUUGAUUUCCCAUUGAUUCCUUACAACUGUACAGAGAAUAAAUGUUUAUAUGGCAACUGUCA